AUGAAGACGCAGGUCCUCUCCAUGCUCGGUCUCAUGGCCGCAUCUGUUGUUGGCAUGCCUUCCGAUUAUGAUGUCGGUUUGCCUCAAUGCUCCCACUGCCCACCAAAAGCCUCUCCGUAUAGGUCGCUCGGCGGAUACGAUGAGUACAAGAAAUGUUACAAGGACGACCGCUACUGCGAAAAGUACGACUAUGGCUACUACGACUCGUACAGCCGCUUUAACCUGAGCUACAAUCAGGCCUUCACCUGCCCCGACAACUUCCGGUACGAUCUCAAGGUCAAGUUCGAAGCCUGCUCGUCGGAGAAUGGCUACAAGGAGUGCCUCAAGGUCUACUACGAGAAUGGGUACAACAGCCAGAAGCGCGGUGACGGGUACGAGUCGAUUGACAAGUCCAACCUGGGCAUCUACCUCGACGAGGAGGACCUGUACCGCCCCGAGUCUCUCAACUACAACAACUACUGCCAUGGGAACCAGUGCUCGGUGCCCACGGACUACCUGCCCGGGUACCCGGAUCUCUGCGGCAAGAAUAUCUACUUGGCCGUCGGCAACGACCUCUGCUACAACAACUACGAGUACGAGGACGACGAGAUGUACCGCCAGAGCACCAAGCACAUCUCCGUCAACGUCAGCUGCAACAACGAGGAGCACUAUGACUACAACAAGGGCUGCAAGGACUACUGCUGCUGCUACGACUACGGCUACUAA